AUGUCUUCUAGUUCUUCGAUCAACACUUCUUCUCAUCAAAUUCUCCCGGAAGAUCACCGUGAAUCUUCUGAGUCGAACUCCUCCUCAUCAAAUCCUUCUUCAUCAAGCUCCUCUCGGGUGGCGAGUAACCAACCGACUUUAGUUCGCAAGAACUCUAGAUCGACGAUCGAGACUCGUGAGACGGGAGCUCGAGCCGGACCGAACGUUGUUGGCGACAAUCAUGAAAUCGAGGAGGUCGUUGAAUCCGAAGAAGAGAAUCUUGAAGAGAACGACGCCGAAGUAGAUGUUGCCGAGGACAACCUUGAAGCGGUGAAUCAUGCCUCACCGCCAAUACCGAAACGAAAAGUUAUCUGUCCUCAUGACGUACCGGCUUCUUCUCUUUUUCCGAGGGCAGUUCAGACCGUACUCGAAGCUCACAGGCUCGCAGAAAGAGUCGUCUUCAUUAUACCUGAAGCUGGAGAUCGGCCAUGGGACGUUUCCGAAGGCUUCCUCUGCAUUUAUUUAACUUACUUCACGCAAUGCGGGCUCUCUCUUUCGAUCCCCUCUCGUCUUCUCGGAUAUUGCAAUCGGCGAGGCAUGGCCCUUACUCAGAUGAUGCCAGCGUCGGUGACAAACUAUGUAGGUUUCGUUACCUUAUGUACCGAGCUCGACAAAAUUCCGACUAGCCGGCUCUUUGAAGAUCUCUUUUCAGUCAGAAUUCACAAGUCCAAAGAGUGGUUCUUCGCAGCGAACGCCAAACCGAACAAGGAUAUCGUCACUGGGAUCAAGCCUAGUAAAUAUAACGACUGGGAAUCCCAGUAUUUCUUUCUUGAGAUGAACGAUCUCGCAGUCAGCAAUUCUGACAUCCCAACUCAAUCGGAGUGGAAGAUUCCGAUCGGUCGUCAUCUCCCAAGCAUUCUUCUCAAUUCCGGACUCACUCUUGAAUUCCAAGCAGCCUUUAGCGAAGCCGGCAAACGUUGGGAAGAAAUCCUUCAUCGCCGAGCUAAGAAAUCAGCUUCUGUUAAGGAACCGAAGCCCCUGAAGCCAAAGAGUCGAGCUAACAAGCCUCGAACUGCUCCCAGACAGAAGGCGCCAAAGCUGCAAGCUAAACGAGCUCGAACUUCCAAGAUGCUUUCGCUGGACGAGAUCCCUACUCUCUUCGAAAAGGAGGAACUGAAUGAUGCAGUUCCGAAUCCCAUCCCUUCCGCCAAAGGGAUCAAUGAACAGCCUGACGAACUGCCGCCAGCAGCGAACUCGCCUGACCAGGCUGGUCAGAAGAAGCUGAAAAAGAAGAUAUCCUCAAAGAAAAUCAAGAGGAUUGAAGGUUCUUCUCGGGCAAAGGACGCUACCGCCGAGCUCGACCCUCCGAUGACUGUGACAUCAGACCUCGCAAUCCCUCAGGAUCAGCCUGAAGCUUCCAACUCCCGAAAGAGACAAGAAAGAGGUCAUGCCGAGGAUUCUCCGGAACCAGAACCGGCUAAGAGGAAUAAGGUCUGUUUCGACUAUGAUGAGGAAGUCCCUUUUGAGGAGAACGUCAAUGCCUGCGCCGACCUCUACCAUAAGAUCUCCACUGAGGUCUCGAGUCUUUCAGCGAUCUCCGAGCUCCGGUCCCUAAUUGUACAAAGAGAUCGCGCGUACAACUGCCGUGGUAAUUUCCUGCUCGCCAGCCAGACCCACACUUUGGUCGCGGCAUAUGAGGUCGCUUUUUACGACGAACAGGUGAGAGUCGCAGAGUUGGAAGAACGGAUUUCCAAGGCUGAGGAUCGCCUUGCCACCGAGCCCCAAAUAAAUGAUGGGCUUCACACUGCUGUUGACCUGCUGAAGCAAGAGAGUUCGGAGCUUAAGGCAGUGAAAGCCGAACUGACAGAAGCGCAGAACUUACUUUCUCGAGAAUUCGAGAAAGAUAAGGAGCGACUGCAGGGUUUGGUGGCUCAUUGGAAGGGUCGAGCAAGGAGUGUUCACACGAAGGCCUGCGAACGCUUGGAGAAGGUUAUCCGAAGCUUGGACGAUGCUGAUCGGGCUCGUAAGCCUUACCUGGUGGUUAACCAGCUUACCGGAGUUCUCGGCUUCAUCAAACAGCUUAAGAAAAAAGGUUUGUAUGAGGUUCCGCCCGAGAUGGUGGCCGAGAUCAAGGCGAAGCAUGCUACGCUCUAG